AUGUACGAAGGGAUUGACAACCUGAAAUCCCUUUACGACCGUGCCAGGAAGACUUUCUCCAGCGGUCCUUCUGCGGCACAGGAUGUGCCGCAUAUUACUGAUCAACCAAACCCAGUACUUCAACUAUCAGUUGGGAUCGGGGCUCCCAAGUAUCCCAGGACGGGGGAUAGCCGCGCCACCGGACGAGAUAACUCGUCCGACGUCCGUUCACGUCGCGGUGGUUCAACAGCUGCUCAGCCAGAUAGCGUUGGCCACCGCGAGAGUCCUCUAAUGGAGGUGGGGGAUGAGGGAAAACGCUCUCCAAACUAUCGUGGGGGAGCGUGUGUCCCCGAGAGCUUCUUUGAUCGCGUAACGCAAGGGUUACGCGGCGAUCUCGAACAUGAGCGGGAUAGGCGUCUCCAACUGGCGGACACUGUCUCGAGGCAUCGAGCUGAGUUUGCCUUUGCUCAGCUUGAGAGCGAGAGAGCUCUGACGUCUCUGCGUGACGAGCUAAGGGUAGCUCGUGGGGGUGUUAAGAGGUCUCGGGCUGAGGUAACUGCUCUUCAGAACCUUGUCGAUGCCCAUUAUCGGGAGCACAAGGCUCUCUGCGAGAUGCUUGAGCGGAGGGCGUUCUUCAUCGGAAGAAGCAGCGUACUGAUGGUACGGAUUAAGCCGACCAACGUAAAACGUGGGACGCGUUCGCAUCUUACGUGGCAACUCGAUCGUGUAUGCAUUGCCUAG